AUGAGCAUCGACAAAUGUCCGGAACAUUUGAUAAGAAUAAAAAGCGACUGCAGCAAAUCAUUCUGGACUGCACAAAAAACUUGUGAGCAUCCAGAAGAUAUUCUGGUUGGAACUAUGUGCGGGUUUUCUAGAUGCGAUUGUCCAGACCCAAUGGUGCUGGACACGGAAACAGGAUUUUGUUAUGAUGUUGAUAAUUGUCCAACCAAGCAUGGACUGGAAUCAAAAUUAGAAUAUAUAGCAGGCUUAGUUGCACAACCUAUUUUAAUCAAAGAAGCUUCUACUAUCGGCAGCACUUCAUUACUUAUAGCUUUAUGUUCUGUCGUGGGCUUCUUCACAUUUAUUACUCCAAUAUUGCUGCAUAUAAUUACGAAGAAAUACGUCACAGAAAUUCACUAUGAUCCGGAUACAUCUACAUAUAAAGCAACAACAUAUAAUUUCUUUAUUAUGCCAAAGCAAGUUGAAUUUACACCAGAUGAUGUCAUAGUACCUGAUAUCCCUGGAAUGUUUACGACUAUGUCAGCAAAGGGAAAGAACCUGUUCAUUGAAGCAAGACACUUCAAUGAUCCUCUACAUUAUGCUAAAAUUAUGGGUUAUGAUAAACCUUUAGACUUUAAACUGGGUGAGACAGAUGACAGUGAUGUAAAAAAGUAA